ACAGUCCUGACCUUAUCAGGGCUUUGUUUGAAGAAUUUUUGGCAAAUGAAUAUGUUAUUUCACCUUAUAUUGCAUUUUUUGAAGUUUUCCUUUUUCCAAGUAGUGCUGCUGACCCUGGAAGAUGAAGAAUUGUUGCCUUACAUUCAUUACCUGCGACGAGGACGCGGCUUCAACAGCUUAUGGGCAAGUUUGUGCUCAUACCACUGUUGGGCUCUCAGAACUGCAGUUUAUGCUGGAAUGUGCACCAUUCCAUCUAGGGAUCAACUUUUGCUGAGGCUAAACGAAACCGAUCAUGCAGCAGAGAAGAAAAUGAGAAGAUACAUCAACACUUCACCUGUAGUUGGAGACUACAUUGACCAACUUCAUGCCUCAAGAAAGAUCAGCUUGGAUUGGUGACGUUUAUUUUGCUAUAGGGAAUGCUAGAAAAUGCAGGGAUCUCUUUACCUGAGACUUGAGACGCAACAGUUACAAUACCCUGGCCGUUAUAUGUCUCACAUCCAAGGAAAGUUGUUAUAGUCUUUGAAUCUGCAUGCAGCACAUCUUACAUCCUACAGCAGUAGCCACUGAGAAAAAUUCCCUUUCUUACCUGUUUAUUAUGCCUCCUGCAACCAAGUAGUCGUGUUAAAUCAGCUUUGGGUUGCUGCUAAGAAUUUGUGAGGAGAGGUAGCAGGACAACCAGUCAACCAAUAUACACCAGAGACCUCAGCUUCAGGUGAUUUGCACAUAAACAGUUCACUCAAAAAGGAAUUCUUCACUAUUAAUUCGAUUGCCUUGUACAUCCUAUUCUUCUGUGGCUCUCCUCUUUUAUUACUCUAUGCCUUUUCCAUUAGAGAUGUUUAAUCAUGCCUUGUUAGAAAGAUUUAAGAAAUUCCUGAAGCUGAGUUUUAUGUCCUCCAUCAGUACUGAAGAUUGUGGACAAACUGCCAAUAUACCUAAAACUCAAGU